AUGGGCAUUCCCUUGCAUCCGAUUCUCCGAGCAUCUCUUUGGGUGGCCGCCGCGCCCUUGGCCUUCUACGUCGCUCUUAUAGGGCUAGGCGUGGUUCCGUUCUUCCAAAGACACUUCCUGUAUGCUCAUACCAUCAAUUCGCUCUGGUGGUCAGAUAUCAAUGACCCAGAGGGCUGGGGAUUUGCCAGUUCGUAUCCCCUCAUGCGUCAUUAUGAGACGCUGUCGCCUCUAACAUUCACGUCGUGUACCCCAACAGAAAACCAAGUGACUCCGUUUCAGCUACAGACUCCUGAUGGAGAGACGAUCUACGCUUGGCAUAUUAUGCCGCUGCCUCUCUAUCUGCAGCACGAAGCCGCAGUAGCAACUCAAAAGAUUGGCCUCUGUAACAAUUUCACGCAGACCGAAUCGUUCCGCCUGCUGGCAAACGAUCCAGAGGCGAGACUCAUCAUAUCAUUUCACGGGAAUGCUGGACACAUCGCCCAAAACGAGCGGCCAAACAGCUACCAUGCCUUGACUGAUACCUCGUCGUAUCACGUUUUGGCCGUUGACUACCGCGGUUUCGGCCAUUCUACGGGCAUGCCCAACGAAACUGGCCUAAUUCUAGAUGCUGCCACCGUUGUCGACUGGGUUAUCAACGUGGCAAAUAUUCCUCCAAGCAGAAUCGUCUUGCUGGGCCAUAGUCUUGGAACUGCAGUUGCUAGUGGUGUUGCCGAGCGGUAUGCUCUCCAAGGAGUUGAGUUUGCAGGCAUCGUGCUGGUCGCGGCAUUUAGCGACUUGGCCACUAUGCUGAGUGGCUAUCGCUUCGGAGGCCUUGUGCCUGCUCUCGGGCCAUUCGCGAUGUGGCCGACUUUCCAGCGACUUCUCGAAAGGUACAUUGUUGACAAAUGGCACUCGGCUAACAGACUUGCAAACAUUGUGCGCCACACCAGAGGCAGGCUAAGGAUUAGCUUGGUGCAUGCAUACAAUGAUAAUGAUAUCCCGUGGACUGAGGACAACAAGCUGUUCCACGCCGCCGCGAACGAGACGAUUGGUAUUCUUGAUGACGAUGAAUUCAACUCUUGGAAAGAGUCAAAUACGGUUCGGACCAGUGAAAAAUCAUUCGUCACCACAUGGAAAACGGGCGAAAAUAUAGUCAUUCGUCAAGAGUUGUUCCCUUGGGGCGGUCAUAACGAGAUUUUGAGCUUUGCGCCUGUCAGCUUGGCAAUUAUACGGUCAUUUGACCUGGAAGGCACAGCGUACGAUUAA